AUGGCCACUUCAGUAGACGUUCUCAUCAUCGGCGCAGGCCUCAGCGGUCUUCAGGCCGCCCUCGACGUUCAUGACGCUGGUCACUCCUUUACUAUCAUUGAAGCCCGAGAUCGCGUCGGUGGUAAGACGUAUUCGGUAUCGCGACCGGAUGGAAAAGGUCUUCAGGAAAUGGGAGCCGCCUGGACGAACGACACCAACCAGUCUAUGUACUGGAGCUACUGCCAAAAGUUUGGGCUCACCCCUGUUGUGCAGAACAUCAAAGGUACCGUGGCAUGUGAGGAUACUGAUGGCAAAUGUCAUCACUUCAACUACGGAGGCCUACCAAAUUUUGCGGAAGCCGAAGUCAGAAAUAUGAUAGAUAUUCGGGAUUUGAUUGAGGCUACGGCGAGGGAUUCUGAGACCUUCCGUCAACCACGACGCAAUGAACUAGAUCAACAGACUCUCGAGCAAUGGAUUAUCCAAGCUGGAGCAGGGCCCCGGGCGGUUCAGACAGUGCGCCUCUGGACACAUGGAAUGCUGGGUCAAGACCCGAGUGAUGUUUCCGCUUUGGCAUUCCUAGAACUUGCGCGUGGCGGAUUGGGCAUUGCUAAUCUUCGACAUGACGGCAAGGACGGGGCCCAGUAUCUACGCCUAGAAGAGGGAACUCAGGCUGUGGCUCAGGGCAUGGCAAAGCUCCUGCCGUCAGGGUCGAUAAAGCUCAAUUGCGCUGCAAACGCUGUGACAGCUCACGACCAAGGGACGAAGUACACAACAAGGCUCGUCGAUGGCCGAACCAUUACUUCACGCAGGGUCAUAGUCAGCAUCCCUGGGCCUGCGUACAAGAACAUCACGUUCAGUCCGCCGCUACCUCCUUCGCGCUUGAUAUACACCACUGCUGUUCGGUACGGGUGCUACGUCAAAUAUAUUUGUCUCUUCAAAACUCCCUUCUGGCGCCGCAGCGGUGCUUGUGGCUUGGCACAAAGCUUCAAGGGGCCGUUAUCACACUGCCGGGAUACGUCAGUGGACUCCCAAAGCAACUACGCGCUUACCUGCUUCUUGGUCUCAAGACCAGGCCGCCAAUGGUAUGCCAAGUCUAGUAACGAGCGUGAAGCCGCCAUUCUCGAGCAGGUAUCUUCUCUAUUCGGUCUAGCGGAAAGCGCUGUCAGGGAUGAAUUCAUCGGCUCUAUGAUGUCCCCCUGGAUGGAAGAUCAGUGGGCGGGAUGGGGAUGUCCAUUCGCGAUGGCCCCGCCCGGUAUCAUGGGACAAAGGGAUGAUGGGCAGCUUAUCACAGAACCGUUUGGUGGAAUGUACUUCGUAGGUACAGAACUGACGAAUGAAUGGCGAGGUUACAUGGAAGGGGCUUUGCGUAGCGGCAAGAGAGGAGCCGCUCAAUUGUUACAAGACUUGCGAUCCGAAUCAGCCAAACUAUGA